CGAGCAGUGUCCAGCGUGCAGUAGUAAAGUGGUCCUAUGAUCCUACUGAGAUGAGUGAUGAGUACUCACUACCUAGGUCCUUUGCUCUUUGCAGGUAACCGGCGAGUAAGCUAGGAGAGGAUGCACAGCCGCAGGACCCCCCCACCAUCCAUGCACAGUGGCCUUCACAAGCUCGCAGAGCUCAGCUCCGGCUGCCUGCACUGCACUGGCUGCAACAUACGGUGUAGGUCGCCCAGAUAGUAGCAAAUAUUCUCUCUACUCGAGUCUCGUCAUCUCUUAUCUUCAGAGUUCGCACUCUUCAAGAAUACACCGGGCAACUCGCCGAAGAAGAAGCUUCAGCGGCAGAAGAAGAAUCACCCAUCGAGAGUUUUCCCCUCCCAAGGAAGAUCAGGGAUCUCUUCUUGAGAUAAAAACAGUCAUGUCUGAGACCAUAGAUUUAACCGGAGAUAGAUGCAUUCUUAAGACAGUGAUCAGGAGAGCAAAGGAUGAUGCUACUGCACCUUCAGAUAGUCUUCCCAUUGUUGAUGUUCACUAUGAAGGAACACUUGCUGAGAACGGGGAAGUGUUUGACACUACUCAUGAAGACAACUCCGUCUUCUCAUUUGAAAUUGGAGAGGGAACUGUCAUCAAGGCAUGGGAUAUCGCCGUGAAAACAAUGAAGGUUGGAGAGGUUGCAAAGAUCACAUGCAAGCCAGAAUAUGCUUAUGGAGCUGCAGGUUCACCUCCAGAGAUACCGCCAGAUGCAACUCUCACUUUUGAGGUUGAGUUAAUCGCAUGCAGGCCGAGGAAAGGUUCUAGUGUGGAAAGUGUAUCUGAAGAGAAAGCUAGGCUUGAGGAGUUGAAGAAGCAGAGGGAGAUCGCUGCUGCAGCCAAAGAGGAAGAGAAGAGGAAAAGGGAGGAAGCAAAAGCAGCUGCAGCUGCGCGUGUACAAGCAAAACUUGAAGCAAAAAAGGGCAAGGGAAAGAAGGCCAAAUAGAUAAUAUCACACUAAGACAAGUUAUGAGGUAGGAGUAUAUAAAAAGUAUAAAGUUAUGUAUGAACCUGGUAACUGUAUGCUGUUGAAAUUCCACACAAACACAAACUUUGUUUGGUUGUAGUUAAAAUGGGCCAUGAAUAUGCAUAUAAACAAAAAGAAGUCGUGUCACUUUGAUCACA